UUUUGAAUCCAUUUAUCGUAGAGUUUUAUGUAUCAAAAUUUCAUGAACAAUAUUGUUUUAGGUCAGAUUUAGUCAACAGAGUUUCGUAAAUUCACAGUGUUUUUGGAACCCCCUAUAUAACAAAUGAUAAUGGCCGACAAUACGGAUUUGGUGACUGAUAGUGCUAUACCAGUCUUUCUGGAAAAUGUGGAUGAAAAGGAGCAGGUACGUCGGAUCAGCGCUUACCUUCAGAACCUGCGAGAUCGAUUACGUCAGGGCAUCCAACAGCACGAAGAGGUCGUCCAGUCGUCGUUGCAGCUGCUUAAGGAGGUAGGCGACGUGAACAACAUGAUGCAGUUUGCGAGGAAUGGCCACCAGGCCCAGGCUACCAAGAUCCGGCGCCUGAUCAUGGGUUUCGAGACGGUGAAUGCCGCGAACUCGCAGCAAAUUUCCACCGUGGCGGGUAUUAGUUUACCCUCAGAUCUGACCGAGAUUCAUGAUCUUUUAGUGGAAUUUGAGCACCUCAACGAUAGCAAAGUUCUGCGAGAGAGCCUACUCAGCUUUAAACGUGCCCGAGAAUCGCUGGAGAAGGUGCUUGGCUUCCUAGAAAAAACUGGUAACGAAUCUCCGAGGUCCUCUCCCCAAGGAAGCAUGCUUUUCAAGUGUCCCAGUGCCAGUCGCAGCCUCCGUGAGAAGAUCGAGGCUUUCAACAAAGUCUUGGAAGCGGCUCCAGAGAACCUGGGCGACACCUGCCGCCACUUCACAGAGUGCUUCUGCAGCUGCUGCAGCCUGGACGAGUCUCCCGAGUCCGGAGGAAAGGGGCCGCUUCCUGUUGCCUCCAAAACCAAUUCUGGAUACGAGGGUGACAUUGACAGUGAAGUAGAGCAGACGGAUAAGUCCAGCAACGACUUCGAGGCGGAGAUGGAAAUGGAUACCGUUCCCUGAAUGGUCCUCCGAAAAGCAAGCAGAAAAAAAUAGGGAUACAAAAUAUUCACUUUUGUGAUAAAAAAUUCACGUUUUAUAAAUAUAAGGACAAUUAUAAAAAUAGUUUGUUCUUAAAGCACCAUUAAA